CCUCACAUGCGGCGCGCUGCAAUAUACACGACUGUCCUGUUGUCACAUUACACUGAAAUUAAUGAACACCUAUUCUCAUGAUUUCUACACUCGUACACGGUGGCUAUCAGUGAGCAUAAUAACAUAUUUGAUUAGCUGUCAUCUCUGCUGUGGACAGAGAAGACACGAGCAUGGAGAAGAAAUGGGUGACAGUUGGAGACACAUCCUUACGCAUAUUCAAGUGGGUGCCAGUAACAGAAACAAAGCAGAUAUAUCGCACCAAAUCCACAGGUGGAGAGGUUAGAGGACUGAAGGACGUCCUGGAAAACACCAACUCUUUACUGGAUUUCACUGAUGAAAACAGCAACCAGAGCUUUCUGUCGGACGUUUACCAGCCUAAAAUGGAUAACAGCAGCAGCACCUCCAGCUCGCAGCAGGUCAGCCCUCCACAUACCUCCAGCCUCCGAACUGAAGACUCGCAGCCACCAAUGCUGGGCCAGGAGAGUGUGGAUGAGCCAGUUCAUUCAGGACAGGAGGGGGCUGAUGAGCCUCCUACUCUCAUCAAGGAGGACCUUCUUUCAUCAGGAACUGUCAGACGGAGCACCCAAGACACACAGGAGGAAUUGGAUGAAUCAGGAGCACCACCUUUAAAGAAGAUUUGCACAGGAGAAAAUACUGUUCUGAGAUAGCUUAUUUAUAAUAAUUUUGUUAAAAUGCACACGAUACCUGUUCUCAGUCAAAUUAGCUAAGCUUUCAAAGUUAUUCUAUUCUGGCAUAUUUACGCAAAUAUUACAUUUCAGCAAAUGACAAAAAAAAAAAAGUAUUUACUGCAAAAUCUUUGUUUACUUUUAAAGGUAUUUAAAGUCUUGCUGUUUUAAGUGAUUUCUGAAAUGAAUGGAGAGGAUUUUCCAGACUUUGUGUGGCAAGUCACUGCUGUAACAGGCAGUGUGCAUUUCAAUUCACAUGCUGUAAAUGUCUAGUUUCCUGGCAACUAACUGUUUCUGAUUUACUCUUUAUGCAGUUGAACUUUACUUUUGCAUGUUUCCAUAUUCUAUUGCUUUAUUUUGAGGUUUACAGGCCAUUUUGAAAAGGUGUUAAAUGUGUAGCUUUAUGCAGAUUGAUGUUUAGAUGUGCCAUUUUGUUUUAAAUACGAUGCCGUUUCUGGAACAGAUCUUAUUUUGGCUUAUCACAUGCAAGAAUUAAAUGCUUUUUUAAUAUUUAUAAUAUAAUUUGCCCAUGUUUAUAACCCAAGAUGUUGUAAACCAUAAUAAAUGCUACUUUUUAUUUCCAUUUCAA